GUGUUGCCGUGUUUGCCUGGAAGGGGGAGUCAGAGGAUGACUUCUGGUGGUGCAUUGACCGCUGUGUUAACGUAGAUGGCUGGCAGGCCAACAUGAUCUUGGAUGAUGGUGGGGACCUGACCCAUUGGGUUUAUAAGAAAUACCCCAACGUAUUCAAGAAGAUCCGAGGGAUUGUGGAGGAGAGCGUGACCGGCGUGCACAGGCUGUACCAGCUCUCCAAGGCCGGGAAGCUGUGUGUCCCAGCCAUGAAUGUGAACGACUCUGUCACCAAGCAGAAAUUUGAUAACCUGUAUUGCUGCCGGGAAUCCAUCCUGGACGGCCUGAAGAGGACCACGGAUGUGAUGUUUGGAGGGAAGCAAGUGGUGGUUUGUGGUUAUGGGGAGGUCGGCAAGGGGUGCUGCGCUGCUCUGAAGGCCCUGGGAGCGAUCGUCUACGUCACGGAGAUCGACCCCAUCUGCGCUCUCCAAGCUUGCAUGGACGGAUUUCGGGUGGUGAAGCUGAGCGAAGUGAUCCGUCAGGUGGAUGUCGUCAUCACCUGCACAGGAAACAAGAACGUCGUGACCAGAGAGCACCUGGAUCGCAUGAAGAACAGCUGCAUCGUGUGCAACAUGGGCCACUCCAACACCGAGAUCGACGUGACCAGCCUCCGGACCCCAGAGCUGACCUGGGAGCGGGUCCGCUCCCAAGUGGACCACGUCAUCUGGCCGGAUGGGAAGCGGGUGGUGCUGCUGGCUGAGGGCCGCCUUCUCAACCUGAGCUGCUCCACAGUUCCCACCUUUGUGCUCUCCAUCACAGCCACCACGCAGGCUCUGGCUCUGAUUGAGCUUUACAACGCUCCCGAGGGCCGUUACAAACAGGACGUGUACCUGCUGCCGAAGAAGAUGGACGAGUACGUCGCCAGCUUGCACCUGCCUUCCUUUGACGCCCACCUGACAGAACUGACGGACGAUCAGGCGAAAUACCUGGGACUCAACAAAAACGGGCCUUUUAAACCCAAUUACUACAG